AUAAAAUAAUAACUAGAGAUUCUGAAUCAAUCGAAGGAAUUAAUAUUUCAAGUCGUGAAAGUCAUGCUUAAAAUCAAACAUUCAUAAGGGACUUGCGCUUUGAAUAUUUAAUGAUGCGGCGAACGUAGCCUUUGGAACUACUUUAUUCUCCUUCAAGCUCCUGGUAAUCUCUGUGUAAUCCGUAUAAUUUAAGAAAUGCCUCAUGGAAGUUGGAAGUUACUGUUUCUGUCGCGUCUAUUGCUCGUUUGCGCAAACGACAACUUCAUGGCCCGAGACUUUUUUCUGUACAAAGACGUGUCCCACGUCGUCGGGUUUUCAUGCGGUGGUCUCGAAAGCGACGUGAAAUUCGCGAGGACAUUCAACGAAGUCUUUGUACUCACGUCGAUAUGGAGUCUCGGAUCUGUGAAUGCGUCAUCGAUACGUAUUAUUAGGAAGUUUUUACAAAACAACAAUCGCAAUUUAGGUGUUUACUUGGACGCGCGAUGCGACGGUCCCAAUUACAACAUGAUAUAUGCCGAGGCUGCAAAAUCAUCCUUGUUCGACGACAUGCAUAAAUGGCUGAUUUUGGGACGAAAAUUGAAAGACACCGUGAGCUUGUUACAUGACGACGCUUUUAGUGUAGUGACCGACAUUACGGUUGCUGUAGAGACCGAGGCCGGUUACGAUUUGUACGACGUGUAUAAUCCUUGCAAAGCACGCGGUGGCACCUUGAACGUAACCGUUUUGGGUUACUGGACUGAGAAGUCCGGGGUGGCGAUCAGGUUGAAGCAACCAAAGUACGAGAGGAGAUCCAAUUUGCACGGUAUGAAGCUCAAAGUGGGAGUCUUACUGCCACGUAGGUUCUACAAUUUGUCCACGGAGGAUAUCGUGCUGGAUCAAGACAUGAAAGCGAAAUACGGUCGGUCCCAAUUCCUGUACACGAUCUUGGUGCACAUGGCUAAUCUCUUUAACUUCACUAUAGAAAUCGUGGAAGUGGAUCCGAGAAAGCGGCAGGACAAUUCCGCGCCGAUGUUCGUCGCUUUUCAAAAGAAAACUGUAGACAUCUCGGCCAGUCCAAUCGUGAUGAAGGCGGAAAGAUUACGUUCAGGAGAUAUUAUCGGUCCAGUAUGGCCAAUGCGAUCGUGCUUCUUGUUCCGAACGAUAUCCUCAGCAAACAUGAAGACGAAGCAAUUUUUGCGACCGUUGAAUAUCAAGGUCUGGUACGUGAUACUCUCCACGAUAAUAGUCGCUGCGUCUAUCCUGGUAAUAUUGAUCGUCAAACAGGAAGGCAUUCACAGCAUGUCGGAGGGCUACAACAUUUCUAUUCUUCUUACAAUAGGCGCUAUUUCCCAACAAAGUUCCAUGUUCGUUCCGGUGCAUUACGCAGGUCGCAUAGCAUUCAUACACAUCAUGCUUUUCAGCGUGUUAAUCCUAAACUAUUAUUCGGCGAGCAUCGUGUCCGACCGAUUAAAAAACGUAGGCGUGAAGAUGAAUGACUCGUUGAUCAGUUUGGCAGACAGUAAUAUGAAAGUAGCAGCCGAGCCAACGCCGUACGUUCGUUCUUUUCUACAGACCCCGGAGAAAGAGGUACGGUAUUUUAACGCGAAACGAUGGGACAAACUACCGGAAUCCAAGCGUUAUCUGCCACUAGCGGAGGGCCUGGAUCGCGUGGCUAAGGGCGGCCUGGCUUAUCACACAUCGAUCGAAUCCGCGUAUCCGUACAUCGAACGGCACUUCUAUCCGCGAAUGAUAUGCGAGCUGACGGAGGUCCAUCUUUUUCGUGCGGUUCUCGCUCUUUGGGGCAGAUACAAGAGCCCGUUCACUCCGCUAUUGAGAAUCGGCUUGACCAAGAUAUAUGAUAUGGGCUUACGCAAGCGACAGCUGAAAUUCUGGUCAGCAAGAAGACCGUUUUGUCCGAAAAGUAUGCUAGUCGCGGAACCGCUGUCGAUCCAGGAAGCUACGCCCAUUUUUCUGUUUAUCGGCAUCGCCACCACGCUAUCUCUUAUAAUAUGCAUAAUGGAGAACUUUGUCUACUGGAUAUGGCCGCGAUUAUCAGCAUCUAAUGCUAACGGGCUAUGGAAGAAACUAUGUUUUCCGACAAUGACAAGGACCACACCUAUUUCGCGGGACGUACUUUCGAAAAUUCAAAGCAUGUCGCAACCGACAAACUCAAUCGAACUGUAUUACUUUUUCCAUUAUCUCUUUCGUUUAUUCGUAUUCAUGCGUGCAGGCUCAACGUUACAUAAAAUCCGCAAUACCAUUUACUUUUUCCACGGCAAUAUGUAUAAUCUGAAAUUAAAGCGCGGUGUAACGUAUGUGGCAUUCUUUUUUGUUGCAUUGCAAUUCUCUUGUAACGUUAACGCGAGAGACAGCGACUUUAUUCGCGAUUAUUUUGUAACCAAGGCAGUGCGGAAUGUCGUGGGGUUCUCUUGCGGAGAUUUCACGAGUGAUUUUUAUUUCUUGAAGUCGUUAAGCAGAGCCGGUAUAUACACGAUUAUCCGGAAACACGAUACGGAUAUUAACAUACGACGAUUCUUGACCACUGACGCCUGGAGCUUAGGAGUCGUCGUGGAUUUGCGUUGUAACAACGAAAGCGCCGUGACCAUCUUCGCCGAGACUUCGAAGUUUCGUAUGUACGACUACUCGUACCACUGGUUGGUCCUGGGAUCGAAGCUGAACAGCAGCGUGCCGCUUUUGAACGAUAACGCUUACAGCAUGACGACCGAUUUCGCGCUCGCGAUAACGAAUGGUAGCGGUUACGAUCUUUAUGACGUUUUUAAUCAUUGCAAGUAUCGCGGAGGUACGCUGAACGUGACGAAGCUGGGCUCGUGGCGACCAGAAGAAGGUCUUACCUUCACCCUGACCCAACCGUUGAUCGAGAGAAGGGCUAAUAUGCACGGUAUGACGCUGAAGAUGUCGGGCGUGAUACAGUAUAGGCCGAAAAACAUGCGGUUGGAAGAUUAUAUGCUAGACAUUAACACCAGAUCUUUGGACAGUAUGCAUAAAUUUGUGUACGCGAUGAUAUCUCAUACUGCCGAUCUCUUCAACUUUAGUGUAUACGCUACGGAGAUUAUUUACUGGGAUCGUCACAGUGUGCACGGCUUGAUAUUUGAGAUCUUACAAGCAAAUUACAUCGACUUUGGCAGUAAUCCUAGGAUUAUGGUGUCCGAGAGAUUAGAUUAUGCCUCUCUGAUCGGCGCGGCGUGGCCGAUUCGACCCUGUUUCAUGCUGCUAUCCACCUCGUCGAACGACAUCAAACUUGAGAUUUUCUUUAAACCGUUUGCGAUUCAGACCUGGUACCUGAGCGCCGUAUUUAUAGUGUUCUUCGUCUUCGUGAUGAGAGUAAUAAUGAAACGCGAGGAGGCGAGCAGAGAGGAGAAAUAUUCUGGCGCCAUGGUCCUUACUAUCGGUAUUACCGCUCAACAAGGCGCAAAUUUUUUUCCUGACCAUAUUCCCGGCCGUAUCGCUCUUCUACAGAUCCUUGUGUUCAAUUGGAUCAUGUACAACUAUUACUCGGGCAGUAUAGUGUCGGCUCGUUUGAGCGAACCGCUCGAUAUGAUGGAGGAUGACGUGACGGUUCUCGCGGACAGCAAUCUGAAAAUCGCGGCGGAAGCUGUGCCAUAUCUGAACUACUUUUUAUACAAACUUAGCUCAGAAUCAAAUUACUUCAGGAAGAAGCGCUGGGAUCCUCUGCCAGAGUCGAAGCGAUACUUGCCGAUAGAGGAGGGUAUGAAGCAAGUCAGCGAGGGCACCCUGGCCUAUCACACGGAUCCCAACACGGCGUAUCCCUACAUCGAAAAGACGUUUGAGCCGAGCAAGAUCUGCGCAUUGACGGAGAUCCAUCUGUUUAAACAAUCUGUCAUGGGAAUGUACGCCAGUCACAACGGUCAAUUCACCGAGAUGGCGAAAAUUGGGCUAUCCAAGAUGUUCAAUACCGGGUUACGCGAUCGACAGAUAAAGUACUGGUCGAGCAGGAAGCCUCAAUGCACGCUCGACACGUUGUCCACGAGAAGCAUAUCCGUAUACGAGACCGCUCCGGCUUUGAUUCUGUUAGCUUUCGGUGUACUCGUCGGAAGCGCAAUAUGCGUUGUCGAGAAUAUCAUCUACUAUCGAUUCACGAGAGAAGAAACGAGUGAGCUGACACGAGUAAGCAGCGGUGACGUGGAGGAGACGGCCGGCACGAGCAAACCUAAUUUGUCCGCGUAAACUGUUACGCCUCGGGAAAUAAAAUAUUCACGAGUCGUUCGUGAGUUAUAAUUAGUUACAUUCAUUAGUGUCUCAUUAUCGUAUAUUUAUUUCAUGCGAAAGGACAGCACGCGUUACAAUGUAAUUUUGCCCAGCCUAAAAUUUGGUCUAAUAAAGUUGUGAAUUCACUUUGAAGCGUAGUACAGUCUCGAGAAACUUUCCUAUGAAUACUUUCGUGGAAAACAGCCAGAUAAUGAAUAGGAAGACAGACAAAUCGAUCGUUACAGACUUGAGUUCAGGUAAUUGACAAAGGAUAGAGACAGGAAGUGGAGAACUCUGAAAUUGAAAAAUGAAUGGCGCCAUACACGGGGUGUCUUGCGCUCACUCCGAGAAUUUUUUAACACGUUGACUGUCGCAUAAAUUAUUUAACGCAAUAUUCGCCUACAGAUCUCAAAAGCUGUUUUAAUUAAAUAAACUCUUCGUUGAAAAAGGCUCAAUCCCACAUCAGUAGGAGAAUCUGAAGAGAUAAACGACUGGAAUAACGAUGCACCCUGUAUAUGGUUCGUAUCACAGUAUGUAGUCGCUGUGAUUAUGCUGUCAUGUCAAUCGACGUUAUGGAUAUUAUGGACGAUUUCAAACUCGGCAAAUCAUUUCUACCCGCGCUUCAAGUCCUGCUAUUAUCUCGAAUACGAAAUUAUCUUGGUUUUCCAUAAAAUGAUGAUGAAACGUAGUAGUUAUAACGUCGUCGCAACUUCGUAGUUUGUGUAUGCCGAGAAAGGAUGCGUCCGAUGUAUCGCAUUUUUCUCUUGCAAACGUUCAUCAU